UAAUGUCAAAUUUGUCUUUGAGAUAAGAAAUAUUAUUAAUAUUAUGAAAAAUACUUAAUAACAUUUGAUAAUAUAUAAUCUAAUUGUAUAUCUGAAAAACACCUAUAUGAAAUAAUGGAAUAUGAAAUUGAAAAUAUUCCUACAAUAGAAGCCAUCCCCGAUGAAGUCAUACUAUUGAUAUUGCAGCACAAUGAUCGCAAAGAAAUAAUUAAUUUUAGCUUUACUUGUAAACGUUAUUAUGAAAUAAUAAAAGGCAAUCAAUCUAUUUGGAAAAGAGAUUUCAAGAAAAAUUUUCCUUCAGAGAUGUUUGAAAAUGUGAAUAAACACUGCAAUGGUGAUUGGUUAGAGGAACUAAAAAGAAUAUGUGUAAUAAAAAAGCAAGUGUAUUCUGAGCUGAUCAGUAUGUCACAUCAAUUUUAUUGGCAAGCUAAUGAUGUAACUUUACAAAAUAUCAAGCAUUUUUUUACUAUUGCAACAAAAAGUAACUUAAGUCUAUAUUAUGUUAUAUACAUUUUACAAGAUUUAAUAAGGAAAGGAAAUGUUAGAGUGCAGAAAUAUACAAGCCAAAAACCAUUUACAUUAACAGAAAUGCAUUACGCAAAAGUUAUUCUUCGUCAUUUAAUUCAUGGUUAUCUAGCAAUAAAGCUGGCGAAAUCUCACCUACGCAGAGAACUGCCACCAGAAGUUGUUGUGAAUUUUUUUUUGCAAUGGAUUGACCACGAGAGUUUGCAUUUAGAUGAACAUGUCAGUAAUAAACUACAAGAACUUGUAACCAAGGUAGAAAAUAUGUUAGAAAAUAAAGAUUCAUCGAAUGGCCCCUUAUGGACAAUUAAAGAAAGACUGGCAAAAGGGCUGUUGACACAAGAAAAAGUGCUGGACGCUAUCACUCACGUAAUUUAUCGACAAAGGCAUAUGGCUGUGACAACAACUGCAAAUCUGCGGACACUUGAUAUAAUUAAGGUUUUAGACAAUAGAAUCGGAAAUACUAUUGUAAUCGGUGCUAUAUACCAUGCAGUCGCUAAAAAAUGCGGUGUGAAAUGUGAACUGGUAGCGUUCCCGAAUCAUAUGUUUCUCGAGUGGCGGUCCAAUUGGGAUGACAGAAAUGCUCCGGCUUACACUAUCGAUCUUAAUAACGGCGAAUUGAAACCAAAAGGGCGCUGUCCAUUUUCACAUACUAACAACCGUAAUAAUCGCUACGAAUAUCAUCCAGAUGCGCUGCUUCAAUAUAUUUAUUCUUGUUAUCGUAUGAGUAUGGGCUCUAUUGAAGAUUGGAACACUCAGAAUGCAUUCCUACUCCUUCAUCUUGUAGGUAUUAAUCAAAUGGAUGAAAAUACAUACAGAAGUUUUUUCAUAUACCUAUUUGAUAAUAUGAGGGACUUUGAUAUAAAUACACCUCUCAACAUUAAAUAUAUGAGCGAUGUUCAUCUACAGUUGCUGAUGUUAUUAGCUUCUAGAAGCAUUUCUACGGAACCAAAUCUUAAAGAAAUUACCAUAAAACGACAUGAUAGUCGCGUUCAAUAUGCCGUCGGUAUGAUUUGUUACCAUUUAAAACUGAACUAUGUAUGUAUAGUUCGUGGAUGGGAUACAAACUGCAGAUCCGAAUGGCUAAACCAAAUGGGAAUGGAGACAAACUUGAAUUUUGGUAUGGAUCAACCGUUCUACUAUGUUGUAGCCGUGAAUCAAUCCAUAAGAUAUGUAGCCCAAGAAAAUCUUAAGUACAUACAGCAUCCAACGCGUCUAUAUCAUUUAGAGGACAUCAUAGCCCGAGAAUUCACACAUUUCGAUGGUUUCGCGUAUGUUCCGAAUGAUGAAAAAAGAUAUGAAUAUCCUGAUGAUGAACCUAUCGCAUCUGUGUACCGAAGUCGCUCUAUGUCGAAUAAUAUGUAAAUAUUAUUAUUCGACAUAUAUAGAUAUAUAUAUAUAUAUAUAUUCAUUAAGAAUAAUGCCUAUGUAUAGUGAAAUAGGUGGAUGUAAUAUGGCAGUAAUAUAUAGAAUUAACUGUAUUAAUUAUAUGGUAAUAAUAUUUUUUUCUCUUAUAUAUAGCACAGUUUAAAUAGGUAAUUAUUUACCUACAUGUUGAAUCAUAAUUAUCAUUUAAAUGUACCUAAUUGUAGUAAUGAAGCGUCACUGAAAGUUACUAAAUUUCUACUAAUAUUUUAAAAAUAAAAAUGCUACUUUCGUAUAAGUUAUCGAACAUUUAUAAUUACUAAUCAAUACAGUAAUUUCAUACAAAUUACAAUAUUCUCAUCGAUUUUAUUGUCGCAAAAAUAUAUUUCAAAUGUACAUGAAGUAGAAUUUUGCGCAAUCUGUGUCUGUAUCAAUUUUUCACGGCAGAUCUGUAGGGAAUGUAUUAGUAAGAUAAAAAUAAAAGAUUCAUAAUUACAAUGCAAUUUUAUUUAUUCAUUUUUGCAGUGCUCUGUAGUUGACAGAAUUUAAUAAGAAAACGAGAUCUCGUAAGAAAACAGAUAUUUACAAAAUACGUGCUAUGCUCUCGUUAGAAACCAGUUAUUAAACGCAAUGGCACUAUGAAUGAGAUAUGUAUAACUAAUUAAAUACUUUCAUUAAAGUUUGCCAAAACAUAAAAAAAAUGUUGGUCAUAAUAUAAAGAAAAAACUUUUAAGUACAUACGGUAAAUUGAAUGUUUUUAAGAUGUAUGUAACAUGAAAAAUGAUAAAAAAAUAUGGGCAAAAACUUUUUGUGUGACAAGUUUAUAUCAAUCAGAUCACAAAACAAUAUUUUUUUAACAAACCAGUCUCCCUAAACUUUCUUUUCAUAAGUAUUCUCUUUUUUUACGUUGUAAUACAAUACAUUUUUUAUUUUAUUAAUAAAAUACUGACUUUUUUUCAUAAGAAAUUGUUUUUUAGAAGGUAUAGAAACAAUUUUGUAUUUAACUUUUACAAUCUUUUAAUGCAUAUAUAAUCUAGUAAUCACUAAAUGAUAUAUGCAUUCUAAUAGCUAGACUGAUUUUUUAGUUUCUACUUUACACAGAGAUUGGCAUUGUCAUGGAUUAUGUUCAAAAUAUUUUGUGCUACAUGGUAACUCUGUAUACAACAUAAGCAACACCGAAAUUGAAAACAUUCAUUUCAAAAACCAGUUGUUUAAAAUAAGCUAUAAAAGAAAAUUAAAAAUGGUUAUAAUCCUACAGAACGAGAAUACCACACGCUAUCUUUUAUUUUGCCCAUACAGUCAAAUAUGUUUUGAUGUGAUUGGAUGAUUAAUCCAUGUCAAUUCAUGACUA